AUGGAAGAAGUGGAGUUGGCGAAAGAGAUUGCUGAUACACUACGAAAUAAUAAGCCGGAUGAAACUGUCUAUGGUGCCGCGAAGGCUGCUCCUGGUAAGCCUAUCGCACUUGUACAGUUCGCUACCCAUGGAGACACCUACAUGGUGCUUGUUGGAUGUACUAUCAGUCAAAAACUGCCUGAGGUGGCGAAGAGCCUUCGUGGCUGCAUCUACACAUUCCUUUUGGCCCCUGGCGGUGAUCGUUUUGAUCUCAUCCACCGGACAGACACACCAUAUCCUGUGAAUGCGAUACAUGAUUUCCGUGGCUCCGCUCUGAUAGGAAUGUCUAAUCGUUUGAGGCUGUACGAGUUCGGAAAGAAAAAGUUGCUGGCCAAAUGUGAGAAUAGG